AUGCCCAAGGCUAAAGCAAAGGAGGUGAUACCUCAAAGUAGAGAAGCAAAUGAUGAAAAAGAGAUCGAGAAAAGUAAUGAAGAAGUGGAAGAAGUUAAAAAGCCACAAGGUGAAGCAAGGUCAACAAUCCAAGUCCCUCUCCUAUUCCAUCAACAUUUGCAUAAAAAAGAGAAGGGUGACAAAUUAAGGAAAUUUAAGGCAAAGCUAAGCAAUUUAUCGAUAAAUAUCCCGUUACUCGAGGCAAUCCAAGAGAUCCUGGGAUAUGCUAAGUUAAUGAAAAAGUUGAUUUCCAAAAAGAAACUUGUUGAAGAUGACACUAUUGAGGUCACUCAUAGGUGUAGUGCUAUCAUGAAUAGUAAGGUUAUGCAAAAUAAAGAUGACCCCGGAGUAUACACCAUUCCUUGUACAACUGGGAUGCAUGAGUUUGCAAAAGCUCUAUGUAACCUUGAUCGGUCAAUCAAAAGGUCGGUGGGAAUUUCGUUUGAUGUCCUUAUUAAAGUGGACAAGUUUAUACUUCUGGUGGACUUCAUGGUAUUGGAUUAUAAAAUGGACCAAGAGGUACCUAUCAUCCUUUGUCAUCCUUUAUUGGCCACUGGAAAAGCCAUUGUUGAUUUAAAGAUAGGGGAAAUAAAGUUUAGGGUGCAAGAGGAUGAGGUCUCUUUCAAAAUUUAUAAGAAAAAAAAAAAGCAAACCGCAGAGCUUCAAGUGGCAUUUAUGUUAGAUGUUAAAAGUGAAAAGGUGAACGAGAAGGUUCUUGAUGACCCACUUGAGUGUUGGAGAUGA